CUUUUUGAUCAUCAAGCAAAAGCCAAACACAGGCACACACAAAACCCUCUGCUUUUCUAUCUCUCUCUCUCUAGCUCUCUUUUGUUUAAGACAAAAAAAAUCAAACCCUUUAUUUUAAUGGCUACUUCACUUACACUCUCGACUCCAGAGACAGAUAACCCAACAAAAAAACCCGUUGAAGGCGAAGCUAAACCAGCUAUGGAGUUUGCGAAGAGCAGCAACAAAGGAAGGAAGCCUAAUGGGAAAGCUCCAUGCCCAAAGAAACAGCCGCAAAGAGGCAUGGGAGUUGCUCAACUCGAACAUUUAAGGAAAAUGAGUGAAACGAGAGCCACGACGACGAUAACCCAGUUCCCUUGUGAAACUAGUGGAGGAGCUGGUAAUAUCCCCGUGCUUCACGGUGUAGCGAACUAUGGUGUUCCCAUGGUGAUCAAUGGUGGAAACGGAGGGUUUUGGGGUUGGGGUGGGGAAGCAGAUGGUUUUAUGAUGCAGAGAGUUGUUAUAAAUGGAGGGUUUGGUGGGUCUAAUGGUCAGCUUUUGGUGGGAAAUCCUGGUAAUUUACAGGUUGGUAUUGUUGAGGCUUCUAAGGAGCUCUCUUCAAUGCCAAAGUUGCAGCAUUGUAAGCCUGAUCGUUGUGAUUCUUGCUUUAAGAAGAAGCGUUGCAAUGGGGAAUCUGAAACGGGGAAGUUGAAUGGAGGGAUAUUGAACCAAUUUGGACAAACUUUCCCCAGAAAAGAAGUUGAUUUCCAUGGAUGGAAGAACCUGGAAAACAAUCAGAAUCACACCAAUGAAGAGAUGAAUGGGUUCAGUUCAAGAGCUGCAAGGAGUGCUUAUGCCUAUGCAGCAACAUGCCAAAAGAACAACACCAAUGAGACUGUGGGUGUGUUAGCUAUUCACAAGAAGGGAAACUCAGCUGGCACUGGAAGUUAUGUGAUGGAGUAUGAAUUUUUCCCAGGGAAAACCGGCAGAAACACAGCUUCCAAGGAAUGGGAAUUGCCUCAAGAAGGUUCCUUUUCACUUGGUGAUGAAGCUUCUCAUGCUAGUGCUUCUAAUUGUUUUGAUUUGUCACUCAAGCUUUCUUAUUAGAACCAUAUAUACAGGGAAAUUAA